AUGCCGCAAAGUCUGAAAUCGAUAUUGGGAAAAUCGAGUCGGGUUCAAAAGCCGUCACGGCGCAACCCAUCGUCGCCGUCUCCGAAAAAGGCCCGCCAACCAAAAGAGGAGGAGGUCCUCUUCGAGGAACGGCUUACAGAUCUGGGCACCACGCGGCUGCUGGCCGAGGAACUGACGCUGCGGGACGUUGUGCAAGCCAUGCGAUACAUCCGGUCGACCAUGUUCACGCCGGUCCCGGAGACGGGGCUCAAGUCGACGCGGGUCGCCGAGGUGCUCAACUACAGGGCGUCGCUGCCGCCCGUCGUGACCAUCGGCCAUCUCAACUCGGUCCUGCGCUCGCCGACCAGGACGGAGAGGGAGCUGGCUGAGCUCGUGGCCAAGGGCGUGGUGCGGAAAGUGAGGGUCGAGAGGAGAGGGGGCAUGGGCGAGGCGGUCAUUGAGACGUCGGACCUUGAGCGCAUCGUCAAGCGCUGCGACGUGUCCGACGAGGCGGCCGACAAAUUCCUGGCCUGUCUGCGGCAGAACCCUACCGCGCAAAUGUUACCGAGCGGCGCCCUCACGAGCACGCAGACGGACGAGUUGGUGAGAGCCGGCCUGCUUACGAGCUCGGCGCACGCCGCACCGGGGAGCACGCUUCAUGUCCGGCCAGAGGACCGCACCACCCUCACGUCCAUCCUGCACGUCUCGCGCUUCGCCUCGGGUACCGUCUCCGCCGUCGGCGGCCACCAAGCCAUCCACCUCGCCGGCGGCGGCGGCGGGGCGCCGACCCUGACGCGAGCCGCGGCCUCCUCCUCCUCCGCCGCCCCGCCGCCGUCGUCGUUCCGGAUCUCGUUGCCGGGCCACGGGCGGUACUUGAAGCUGGCUGAGGGGGCGGUGGACUGGGUGCGCGAGGCGCUGGGCAAGACGGCCUGGGGCGAGGGCCCCGAGGACUGGCUCAGGGAGCGGUUCGCGGGUGGCGGGCUGUACGGCACGCGGUGGAAGGAGUUUUGGGGCGUCGAGUGGCAGUGGCUGGCCGGGCAGGCCGUCGGGCUCGGCGUCGUCGAGAUGUUUGAGACGGGGAGCGUCGGCAGGGGCGUGAGGGCUUUCGGUUGA